CGGUGACCUGGGCGCGUCUGGACACCCGCGCUCCGCAGAGGGGGGAGCGUGUGUGGCCCUGGCGGGCGCCCCGCCAGACGAACGGUGGCUGCGGCCGGCGAGCGCGCGCCCGGCGGUGCGUGCGUGUGUGUGUGUGUGUGUGUGUGUGUGUGACAAGCGUCAGGUGACUCGGGUCACGCCGUCGCUCCCUCGCGCUCCCGGGGAGAACUGCCGCGCUCCGGCUGGCUCCUCCGGCAGCGGCGGCGGGGAAGCGGGGGCUGGGCGCCGCGGCCGCCCCCAGCGCAACCAGGCCCGGGGCCCGGGGGAGGUGCGGGCGGUUCGGCCCACACGGGGACCCCUGGAGCCGAGCGUGGGCGUGAUGAGCCAGGUGCUGGGCAAGCCGCAGCCGCAGGGUGAGGACGGCGGCGACGACGAGGAGGAGGAUGAGCUGGUGGGGCUGGCGGGCUACGAGGACGGGCCCGGGUCCUCGGACGCCGAGCUGGACAGCGGGCCGGAGGAGGGAGUUCUGGACUUCAGUGACCCCUUCAGCACGGAGGUGAAGCCCAGAAUCCUGCUCAUGGGUCUCAGAAGGAGCGGCAAGUCAUCCAUACAGAAAGUUGUCUUUCACAAGAUGUCCCCGAGCGAGACCCUGUUCCUGGAGAGCACCAACAAGAUCUGUAGGGAGGACGUGUCCAACAGCUCCUUUGUCAACUUCCAGAUCUGGGACUUCCCGGGGCAGAUUGACUUUUUUGACCCGACCUUCGACUAUGAGAUGAUCUUCCGGGGAACAGGAGCGUUGAUCUUUGUCAUCGACUCCCAGGAUGACUAUAUGGAAGCACUGGCCAGGCUCCACCUCACAGUGACCAGGGCCUACAAAGUGAAUACUGACAUCAACUUCGAGGUGUUUAUUCAUAAAGUGGACGGUCUGUCAGAUGAUCACAAAAUUGAAACCCAAAGAGACAUUCACCAGAGGGCAAACGAUGACCUUGCAGAUGCUGGAUUAGAAAAAAUUCAUCUGAGCUUCUAUCUGACAAGCAUCUAUGACCACUCUAUAUUUGAAGCCUUCAGUAAAGUGGUCCAGAAACUGAUCCCCCAGCUCCCGACGCUGGAGAACCUGCUGAAUAUCUUUAUCUCAAAUUCUGGAAUUGAAAAGGCGUUCCUGUUUGAUGUGGUCAGUAAGAUUUAUAUUGCAACUGACAGUACUCCAGUGGACAUGCAGACUUACGAGCUCUGCUGCGAUAUGAUAGACGUGGUGAUUGACAUCUCUUGUAUUUACGGCUCCUGCUUCCAGGUUCCUGCCCUGUUUGAGUUCCUGUCCCGACUUCUUUCGUUGAUGGUCAAUGAUACGGAAGUUCUCAAAGAAGAUGGAGCAGGAGCCCCGUAUGACAAGGAGUCCACAGCCAUUAUAAAGCUGAAUAACACAACAGUCCUUUAUCUAAAAGAGGUGACAAAGUUCUUGGCGCUCGUUUGCUUUGUCAGAGAGGAAAGCUUUGAGAGAAAAGGCCUCAUUGACUAUAAUUUUCACUGCUUCCGGAAGGCCAUCCAUGAAGUUUUUGAGGUGAGGAUGAAAAUGGUGAAAUCUCGGAAAGCCCAGAAUCGGUUGCAGAAGAAGAAAGGGACUACUCCCAACGGGACCCCUAGAGUACUGCUGUAGGGGAGCCGGGACCCACGCAUGCGUGUGCGAUGAGGGUGCCACACGGCACUACAGGAAGGAAGGAGGAGCCUGGGACACUGACAGAGAUUUGUUAAGGAAAAAAAAUACUCUCUUUUUAAAACAAAAUAAGCACUUCGAAGCAGAAACCUGUACAAUAACAAUAAAGUGAACCCCACUGUACUUUCAUUAUGUAAAUGUAAACGUUUAUGUCGAUAGAAAAAUCCCGUGUGAGAACUGCCAGGAACUGUACAUAUUUUGCACUUUUUUCAUGUUUUUUUUUUCUUGUUGAGGUUAACUUUGAUAAGAUGACUUUUCUAAACUUUUCUGUACAUGGUGUCAAGGACGUGCAUACUGUAGUCCAUGUAGCAGUCGGAAAUUAAUCCAAAGUAACACACUGUUAAUGACUUUUUGUAAACUGGGGAAUCUUUGCUACCAAUUAUCGAGGGGGAAAUCAUUUCUCAGUGCAGCAGGAGUGGGUCAGGGCUGGGAGCAAUAAGAACUUCUCCUGUUUGUAAUGAGUUUUGUAGGAAAUGGGAAUUUUGUAGGAAAACGUUAGUACCAGGCUUACAUCUAAGUUUGUACCCCUGUGGCCAUGCCUCCCGACUCACCCGUCUUUAGGAAGCUCUUUACCUCAACACACAUCUUUGAAGUCACUUUCUUCAGCUAGGUGAUUUCUUUUCGCUGUAUUAUUCUAAUGAACCUUUGGGACCAGAUUUCUAAAAUGAUGCCAGUCAGUAUAAAGAACUAUGAAUGUUGUUAGAGGAGACAGGGAAAAAUAGCAUGGAUUUGUUGGGGGGCAAAUUCUGGAGGUCCUUCUGUACCUGCCCAGGAUGUAGGCAGAUGGCCACUCAGACUAAAUGCACUUGGUACUUGUGUUUUAUUUGGCUCCUGUGAGUGGCCUGGUGUUGUGCUGUGUUUAAAGUCUUUGCUCAGGACCAGUUGUUGAUGCUCCGUGGCCACCGGCGUAGAGCAGAUCUUUGGUCUCCACAAUCCAGUUUAGUCCUUGGUGGCUCCGUUGGUUACCUGAAUCCCACUUCAUCUGUGACAAUAUGCCUCAUGUCCUCCACCUGCUCCUGCCAAGUUCAGCUUACUACUAACUUGCUCCGCAGGACGGAAGGCAGGAAAGCUUGUGGCCAGUGGGAAAGGACAGCCUAAGGUAGAAGUUAGCCGUGGUUUUGUUUUGUUUUUGUUUUUUUUUUAUUUUAGAUGAGCAGGGAAUUGAGAGUCCUAAAUCUAGCCCUGCACCCAGCCAUUCCAAAGGUUAGCACUGCCGGGUGUGCAUGGCGCUAGAAAAGGUCUUUUUAAAGCAGAGUCUCCUGGGGACAUCAGAGCUGCUCUUGCAACUUGUCCCUGAAGCCCAUUUCCUUUUUUUUUUUCCGAAACAGGGUUUCUCUAUGUAACUGUCUUGGCUAUCCUGGAACUCACUGCGUAGACCAGGCUGACCUUGAACUCAGAGAUUUGCCUGCCUCUGCCUUCCGAGUGCUGGGAUUAAAGGCGUGCGCCACUGCCGCCCCACCAAUCCCACUUUUAAGUGUCAUCUUCCAUCUUCGUGCUUCCCCUUCCCCAAGUCUGUCUGUGUUUGUUUUUGGGAUGUCUGUGUUUUGUUUGAGACAGGGUCUCUAUAGCUCUGGCUGUCCUGGAACUCACUAUGUAGACCAGGCUGUCCUUGGUCAGACUCAGAAAUCCACAUGUCUCAAGUCUCUGUUUCCCCCAAGUGCUGGGAUCGAAGGUAUGCGCCACCUUGCCAUGGCAGGUCUUCUGAAGCUGGUAACUGAAAUGAGAUGGGUGACUGAAGCUGUGAUCUGAGCCCUCCAGUAGUCUGUGCCGUCUUAAGGAGGUUUCUAGUAAUCAUUAAGGCAUCAUGGCUCCUUCCUUACAAUCCCUGUGCAGAGACCCAAAUGAGUUGUUAGGAGUCUGGAGUCCCAGAGAAGUUUCUGUUCUCCUUAAUUUUCAGAGCUAUUCCCUCACGGGCCUUUGCCAACAGGCUGGAUGGAGGUGGGCUGCUCUUAAGAGUCUAAUCCCACACACACCAGAGAGAGAGAGAGAGAGAGAGAGAGAGAGAGAGAGAGAACAGUUUGUUUGCUCUUUUGAGACAAGGUCUGAGGUAACCCAGGCUGGCCAAGGACGAUCUCCAACUUCUGAUCCUCCUGCCUCCACUUCCCUGAAGUACUGGGAUUACGGGGAUGCGCCAGCACGCUUGGUUUGUACAGUGCUGAGGAUUGAAUCCAGGGCUUCAUGCAUGUUGGGCAGCUCUCUACUAAGCUAGUAUCCUGGCUCCUUUUCUUAAUAGUUUUUACAAAGUAUUUCUCUUUGAACAGACAGAGAAUCGAGUUUUUAAUAAGACUUUAUUUUCAAGAUACGACACUUGCCUAUCUGGUAAACCACAUAAAACUACCAGGUAGACGUGGAGCUUCCAUCUUUAAGCUGGUUAUAUAAUGGUUUUUUGUUGAAAUGUGCCUUAAAAGCCUAUCACUUCAAGAGCAUGCGAUUCUUUGGGGGAUAGGCAGAAACAAUCCUAUGACCUAGGGCCCACGUUCCUGAUCAUAAAUGCACUCUGUAGUGACUCAUAUGCUAAUACUGACUACUCCCUCAAGCCUCGUGUGACAAUGACCUCCAAAGACGCAGGAGUUACAUCUGAAUGGUGAGGUUUUCAAGUCUGUGACUAGAACUGCAAUGUAUCUUCACAUUCGUUUUGUAUUUUAUCUUAGAUUCGGGAGUUAGCUUAAUGCAUUGUGUAGCUGUGUGUUUAUGCUCAAGUGUGACCAUAAACAGAAAGGUCAAACUUCUGGCUACAGUGGCUGCACUAGAACAUUUUUGUUUGUUUUAGGAGUUGAGAACGUGAAGAUUUGUAGAGCCGGGCAGCCUUUUUUGCUUUUGGAGUCAAGUACUUCUGUGUAGUGGCCAGACUGACUCACACCGUCUUUGCUAACUGUAGUCAUGGAGAUUAGCGUGAGUGACCAGGAUGGAGUGUUUUCAAAGGAGUAUAAAUCAAAGCUGAUAAAUAUUUACCAAGUGUUAUUUUGUGAACACAAUAUAUUUUGGAUCCUUAAAUACGAAAUGACUAGAAGCCACAGCAAUACUAUUAUGUAUGGGCUGUAUGCCAACUCGCUUUGACACAGAGUUCAUGAAAACAGUGGGGCUGUGGUGAUGAUUAAAAUACAGUAUGCACUCAACAAA